AUGGUUGUUGCCCAGAGAUAUGAGAUACGUCUCUUCGACGAAUUUGUUCUGCGAGGCAAUAUGGCUGUUCUUCGGUGCCCGAUUCCGAGCUCUGUGAGUGAUUAUGUCACCGUGACGUCAUGGGAAAGGAUUGAUGGUUUUAUGAUUACCCCAAGUAUAGCAAACGGUAAAUAUGGAAUGCUGCAAAAUGGAGAUUUGUAUCUUCAAGACACAUCAGAUCAUGAAAGUUCCUUCAGCUUCAGGUGCCACACGGAAAAUUCUAUUACAAGAGAGAAGAAAGUAAGCACAAACUAUUCGAGGAUCAUAGUGACAGAACCACAUCACGGCCAACCACCGAGGAUCAUGCAAAGAUCUAGCAUAGUGACUGUACCAAUAGGACAAAAAACCACGCUAUCGUGCGUGGCUCAAGGCUAUCCAGUUCCAAUGUAUCGAUGGCACAAGCUAGUUGGGAAUCAGCCAGUGUCUCUACAAGUCAGUUCUUCCGCAAGACAAGAUGGUGGUGUUCUGAUCUUCCACAAAGUUCUUACUACAGACAGCGGGCGAUACGUUUGCCAUGUUAGCAAUACAAUGGGAGAAGAUUCCGUUCAAACCGAACUCAUAGUUGAAGAACCUCUCCGCGUUUCAAUAUCUCCAAGAGAAUUGCAAAUGGACGUCGGAAGAACGGCGACUUUUAAUUGCAAUAUCUCAGGAAGUCCUGUCGGCUCAGUUGUUUGGAGAAAGGAUAUGAGACCUCUAUCUACCAAUCCCAGAGUAAUCUACCCUACUUCUUACGUGAUACAAAUGAGACAGCUGAAGAGACAAGAUUCUGGAAUGUACCAAUGCUUUGUGUACAGAGAUUCUUAUUCUGUUCAAGCAUCGGCUAGGCUAGUUAUUGGAGAUCUUGCACCUAAACUAAAAUCAGCAUUUUCUGAGAAAACCGUAAGACCCGGAAGUUAUAUUUCUUUAUCUUGUGUUGCAACUGGCAAUCCAGAACCACACGUCCGUUGGACAUUAGAUGGCAUAUGGCCUCUGUCAACCCGUCCUGGUAUUUUAGUCACUUCGUAUUUAAGUGGUGAAAGUACAGUGACAAGUUACGUUAAUUUUACGUCUAUAGAUAUCACAGAUAGUGGAGUUUAUGCAUGUGAAGCAUUAAACGAUGCAGGACGUGUGUAUCAUUCAAGAAGACUGAACGUUUUUGGUCCAGUUUUUGUAAGACCGCUCGAAAAUCUAACGGCUCUGGCAGGAGCAAGUUUCACUGUCAUGUGCCCAUUCGGAGGAUAUCCAUUUGAUACAAUAAAUUGGAAACGAG